AUGAUUAAGAUAAAUGUGGAACUAAAGCAACUAAAUAUGUCCUAAUAAAUUGAAUUGUAACCUAAUUAAAAGGGUGCUAAUAUUAUAUAAUUAAUUUUCAAUAAAUUAGAUUUUGGAUAAGAGAUAAGGAAAAGUAUUAAAGGUUCUUUGAAAGUCUAGAAUGUCGAAGUGGAUAUUAAUUAAACUAUAAAUGCACUUGAGAUUAAUAAUUAUACAAAAGUUGAAGUAAUUUUAUCUAAAAAUAUAAUAAUUGAGUGUGAUCAUUAAUAUUUAGGAUCAAUCAGAUAUAAUACUGAUGUAUUUGCUUCAGUCAAUUAAUUUCGAAAUCAUUUGAUAAAAGAUUUCAUAAAGAUCAAUUCAUGUUAGAUUAUUAUAAUAAAUAAAUAAAAUGGAACUUAAUUUGGAGAUGAAGCUUGGGGUAAAUAUGGGAUAUUUAAUAAUAUUAAAGUGGGCCUUUAAAUCACAAAGUAAUAGAAAAUCAAAUAUAACUAAGAUGUUUAGGAAAUAAAAAUAGAUAUUUUCUAACCUAUUGCUUAGAUUCUACAUAAAUAUAUGGAUACAAUUAAUAUUGAUGAUUUAAUUACUUUUAAGAUUAAUGCAGAAUGUAUAAAUCCAGAUGAAGUAUACAAAAAUUUAAAUCUCCCACCUGAACAACCUUGGAAUGCAGAAAUUUCAAAUGACUAUAUUUUUAGAAUUAAUUUUGAAUAACAAGGAAUCAAGAAAAUUACAAUAGAAAAAAAGAAAGAUGUAUUUGAUUUAAUACGACUUGUGAGAUCAACAUUUAAAAUAGAAAAUACUAUACCAUUAUAAUUAGAGUACAAACUUAAAAAUUACAUUCUAGAUAUGAAUAAUACAAUAAAAUAAGAAUGUAUACCAUCAAAUAGUUAUUUAAAUCUAAUUAGAGAACCAUCUGAUAACAAGAUUAAUAUUCUAUUAUUUAAUUUAUAAAACUUUAAUAAGUAGAUUGAGAGAGUUAGUUUAAGCUCAACGUCAGCUGAUUUAGAUAAAUUUAUAAUUCAUAAUGAUAAUACACAUGAAAUAAAUUAUUAUAUUGACAAUUAAGUCAUAGUUAAAGCACUUAAUUUAAAACAGUUAGAUUUGAGAUCUGAGUGUAUUAUAGAAUAUCAAAUAGUAGAAAAGUAAAAAGAUAUUCAAAAUUCUUCUAAAGAUUUUAAAUAGAUUUAAGAAAUACAUUAACCAAGUGAAGAUUUUAGUAUAAUUUAGUAAAAAAUUGAUGCAUAACUCACAAUUAAUUUUGUGAAUAAAUACACAAAUAAAUAAUAUCAAAUUACUAUUCAAUCUUCUUCUAUAGUUUUUGAGGCUUUAAACGAAAUUCUUAAGAAUGAAACUAUUAAAGAUUUAAAUUGUUAUGAUGUAUAUUUAAAUGAUGAAAAAAUUGAUAAAAAUACUAGAUUUGAUAAUUUAAAGAUUGGUUAAAAUUAAAAAUUAAUUUACUCUACAGAAUUGAUUGUAUUUUAGGCUAUUGUAGAAUAAUUAGCUUAUACAUUAGUAGUAGAUUAAAAUCUUCCUAUUUUUUAGAUAGAAGAGUAAUUUAGAAAGUAACAUAAUAUAGAUAAAUCAUUCUCUCUUUAAUUAAUUAAUUCUGAAAGUAAAAAUGAAUCAUUAAAACAAUUCUUAAAUAAAAAUAAAACUUUUAUUUUUGAAUUCAAAAAAAUUCUAGGUUAAACAGAAUCUAACAAAAAUUUAAUAAAAUAAUUAGUUUUUUCAAUAAAAUUUACAAACCUUGGUACUUAAUAUACAUUUCAAAUAAGUUAGGAAAAAAAUUGUUUGGCUCUUCAUGAAUCUAUUAAAAACAGAUUUAAAUUGGCAAAAAAUUAAGUAAUUAAGGUAUUUGUAGGUGAUAAAUUGAUUGAUCAAAAAGAGACUAUGUCAUCAAUUUAAACUUUAAUUAAUGAAACUCAAAAAUAAUUGACAGUUGAAUUUAUAUAUUUCUUGAAUUUAGUUUUUGAAAAUUCAAUUUCAAAAGAAUAAAAAAUGAUUGAAGCAUAAUUAGAAGAUACAUUAGAGUAGGUUAUUCUUAAAAACAAUAUACCUGAAUCAAACUUCUAUUAUCAAUAAAAAUUAUUAUCUGUGAAGAAAUAGAUUAAAGAUCUACCUAUAGAAGAUAAUUCUACAAUAGAAUAUAGAUAGAUGAUGGUUUUUGAAAAUCAUCGAAAUGGACAAUAGUUUAGAGUAGAAGUAUAACCUGAGGAUACUUUAAAAAUAAUAGUAGAUAGAUUAGGUGUCAAUAUCCAAAACAUUUAUUAAGGGAGUAAAAUUUUAGAUUGGUCUACAAAAAUAAAAAAUAUAUAAUUGAAUUCUUAAGAAAAAAUUACAUUUGAUGAACCACAAAUGCUACAUGAACCAUCUGAGAAUUUUUCUUAAAUAAAUAGUAAAGUUAGAGUGAUAGUUACUAUUGGAGAUAGGAAACUAACUUAUGAUGUUGAUUCAAGUUAUUAAGUAAAAGAUAUAAAAUAAACAGUUUUUGAUUAAAUGAUAAAAGAUUAAGGUGCUGAUAUUAAUAAGUAUAAUUUGAUAUAUGAGGAAAAAACAGUUGAUACUUCAUAACCUAUUUAUAAUCUUAGUAAAGAUCAUGAAAUAGAAUUAAAAUUUUAGUUGAUCUAAUGA